UUUGAUCAUGCAGUUGGUGGGAUUAUUUUGUGUGUUAGUGGUGGUGGUGAGGGCAGCGCCUCUGACUCCUGGGGAGUCGCCUGCUGAGGCCAUGGUGGCGGUGCCACACCAGUUCUAUAGAGAAAAGCGAUCUAGCUACGCACCUUACUACGCGCCGGCGCCGUGCGGUGCCGCGCCUGCGUACAUCGCGCCCGUCCACCACGCAGCGUACGCGCCGCACUACGGCUACGCUGCGCCUUCGCUGCCGCACUACAGGAAUGUGGAAGACCAGGAGAUGAUGAGCUUUUCCGACAUGGACGCAAUGCCGCAGCAAAUGUUGGCAGAUCACAUGAUGGCGGAGCAUGUCCCGUUGGCGCGGUACGCUUACGGCGCGCCUGCGUUGCCAGUAUCGUCGCCGCAUUACGAGGCGGCGGCUAUCGCUGGGCUCGGCGCGGGCGCAGGCGCAGCGUCUGGACCUGCUAUUGGAGUGUUCCCGAACGCUAACGUCGGCGGUUGCAGCGUGCCCCUGCUCCUUAGCUGUUCACCAUCCAUCAGAUCCGGACAUAUAGUGAAGACGCAGCAGCCCUAUGGUGAAGCAUACCGUGGGGUGGAUGAGCCCGCGACGGCGGAGCACCCGGAGGCUGCGCCUCGUGACCACAUGGCGGCUACCAACGACGCCACGCACCAAAUGCACCAGUAG